AGCCGCCAGUAAAAUAUUCUCGAAAACUUACAAUUUUAUAUAUUUUCAUUAUUUAAAGUGAAAUGUUUCAACUAUCAACACGAUUGGGAGAUAUCCUAAACUAUCCACUGUUUGAUCGUAUCCGACAAUUGAUGAUAUGUAUCGAAACAGCUCCAAUAAAGGAUUUGCAAGCAUUCUACCCAAUGCUAAUUUCACAUAUUUUUGGAUAUAGCAAGUCAAUUGGAUGGGGAUUAAGGACAGUAACUGAGAAAAACUCCAACGACUUUAAAAUACUCUACGAGUUCUUCCACCCUCAUUCAUCGUUCUUCCAACUUAUCUACAGGUUGUUGAAUCAAAGCAUUAAAUAUGAAAUGAAAAUCAGUGAACUGCCAAUAAAACUUCAGCAAAUGCUUGAGUCAGGACGAUAUAACUCAUUUUAUUCAACAAUUGUGAAUUUUGAUAACUUUCAGCCACAAAACAUGUCAUUGUCACUGAACGCAUUUGACUUCUUCAUGUUCAACUUUUGUAUUCAUGGAAUGAAGAAUUUCCAUAAAACGUCACAAGCUGCUCUUAAUGUCAACAGUGAAGGAUCCAAAACAGUUUACUUUAAUCUUGCUGCAGAUUAUCUUUGUAACUUUCUUCCUGCGGAUCCAAAUGCUGUUGUUUAUCCACAAAUUGAAUGUUCACCAGUCAAGACACAACCAUCAAUGCCAAUGCAAACAAAUCAACCAACGAAACCAACCAAAUAUUUAUUGCUAUCAGCAUUAAAACGACAAAUUCAAAGUCCAACAGAAUCGCGAGCUGACAUUCGACUUCCAGAAGCUGUUAAAAGUUCAAAUUGGAGAAGCGAAUCUGUCAUGAUGAUUUUUAUUGAUUGCUGGUUGAGAUAUGAUGUCGAUGAAUCUUAUGAUCUUCCUGGUAAUGAAUUUAUUCGAUUAGUUAGGAUUCUAGUCAAGCAAUUGCACUUCUUUGGCAAUGUAUCCGAACAAGACUUGUCAACACUUUCAGUUCUUCGCCAUCAAGCACACAUUUUACUGAAUUUACGAAUGUAUCCAUUUCUAAAGACAAUCAUCUCACGCUGGCCGCUUGACACGUCGUUUUUGAAUGUUCUGGAGAUGUGGCUGUCUUACAUUCAACCCUGGCGUUACAUUUACAAUCGAAACAUUCAAAACUUAAAUAAUGAAAUGUUGGAUAUUCCUGAUCGAUUCAAAGUCUUCAUAAGCGAGAACAUCAUCAGCUACACACAAAUAUUUGUUCGGUUGAUUCCUCGCUUUCUUAAAAUGGAUUUAAGUUUGAAUAAAAAUGCUUUCAUGUUGUUUCGUAUGAUGAAAGUUUUUCGGAAACCGAGUGAGAUAAUUAAAGAAAUUGAGAAGCAGAUGAAAAGUAGCAACAACACAACAAUUCGUUCUCAUAAUUCAUCUUUACAACACGAUCAGUCAUCGAGAUCGCCGCGUUCAUUCUCACCGCAAUCUCACUCACAUCGUCAGCACAAUCACUCAACAAUUGAUGAUAGCAAUUACAUUUUCAUGUUUAAUGAUGAAAUCUCUAUGCAAAUUUAUGAACUUAUGAGAAGACUUUACAGCGUUAGAAUACGAACGGAACGUGAGGCUGAAAAGAUGGAAAAAGAACUUCAAAAACAUGCUUCGCUAUGGGAUAAAUUUCUUCAAUUGAUUGGAUGGUUGAGUUCGCUUAAUUUAUCAUUUUCAACAGCACUUGAUGAGAAGAAACGAACGAUGAUGUAUUUGGAAGUUUGCUUAAACUUCUUAUCGCCAGUCUACAGCAUCCCAAUCGAAGAAGUUGCCAAUGAGGUGGAACAAAAUGUAAACUUAGAAUCAAGCGACAAUGAAUGCAAUUCGAUGAAUAAUUCUGACGUUCUUAACAUCACGCCAAGCUUCAUGAAACGACAACUUAAAAAUAUUUCUUACACUGGCGAUCCACUCUUGCUGCCAAUUAUGAAAAAUGAAGUCAAGUGGCUUGUGCGAUUUCUUCAUCAAAUCUCAAAUCGUGUUAAUGAAAUGUUUGAAAAUGAAUUCAAUUUAUUAUGGAAUCGCGGAGACAUUUACGGAAGACUUUCCCGACUCUUUCUAACUGAACCAGUUGAAAUUCGAAUCUUCGACAAAUCUGCUGGAUAUUCGGAACUGAAAGUGCAACAAAUUGGACCACGAUUAAGUUUACGUAAACUUGCUAAAUGGAAAGUCGUCAUUUUGCUUUUAACUUCGCUUCUUUUUGGACGUUUAUUUCUUGGAGCAUCGAGUUUAGGCUUUAUGUUGCUUUUCACAAUAACUUUUCUCUAUGUUUUCGUUAAAUCAUUGAUGUCAUCCUAAAAUGAUUUCUUUUUGACAAUAAAAUUAAGAAAAUAAAACAAA